UUUUUAGGGGUCCUUAUUUUCUGAAAUCUUUUAACAAGCGACCAGUUUGGGAAGAAUGUUGAAGACUCCUAUAUGUUCUUGGAAUAAUUAUUUAAGAAAGGUCUCUGUUCAUGGUGGCAAAUCCAUUUCUACUAAAAUAGUUCUGGGAAUAGAAACCAGCUGUGAUGAUACAGGAGCUGCUGUGGUGGAUGAAACUGGUAGCAUUUUAGGAGAAGCAUUACAUUCUCAAGCUGAUGUUCAUUUAAAAACAGGUGGCAUUAUUCCUCCAGUAGCACAGCAGCUUCACCAAGAAAAUAUCGCAAGGGUGGUACAACAUGCAGUCUCAUCCAGUGGCAUCAGUAUGGAGGAUAUCUCGGCUGUUGCAACAACUGUGAUGCCAGGACUUGCAUUAAGCCUUGGAAUUGGAUUGAAAUAUAGUUUAGAACUGGUGAAGAAGCAUCAGAAACCCUUUAUCCCUAUCCAUCAUAUGGAAGCACAUGCUCUCACUGUCCGACUGACGGACCUCGUACCAUUUCCUUUUCUUGUCCUUUUACUCUCGGGGGGUCAUUGUAUACUGGCAGUAGCACAAGGAGUUUCAGAUUUUCUUCUUCUUGGACAAACAAAGGACAUCGCACCAGGGGACAUGCUUGACAAGGUAGCUAGAAGUCUUUCUUUACAUAAUCAUCCAGAGUGCUCUGGCAAGUCUGGUGGGAGAGCAAUAGAAAUCUUGGCUCAGCAGGGUAACAUUUUGCGAUACAAAUUCACAGUCCCAAUGCAGCGAUACCGUGAUUGCACCUUCUCUUUUGCUGGUCUGCAAAGCGAAAUCACUAGAAAGAUUUCAAAAGAAGAAAAGGCAGAAGGCCUUCAGGAAGGGCAACAUCUCUCUUGUCUUCCGGAUCUUGCUGCGGCUGCCCUGUACACAAUGACUGUUCACAUUGCUGAGCGAACCCAUCGGGCUAUUCUCUUCUGCAAAGAGAAAGGAAUCAUACCCCCAGGAAAGGAAACCUUGGUUGUUUCAGGAGGUGUCGCAAGUAAUCAAUAUGUCCGUAGAUCUCUGCAACUUCUAGCAGAUGCUACCAAUUUCACAUUGGUUUGUCCACCUCCAAGACUUUGCACUGACAAUGGUGUUAUGAUUGCAUGGAAUGGAAUUGAAAAACUUUCUGCAGGAUUAGAUAUCUUUUAUAAUGUAGAACAUUUCCGGUAUGAACCAAAAGCUCCACUUGGAACUAAUAUCUCAGAACAAGUAAAAGAAGCUUUCAUCAAAGUGCCAGCGCUAAAUCUAGCAGUAUGAUGUUUGGUAUUUUUCAAUUGUUUGGAACAAAGUGAAUGUGUCAUUUUUAAAAAGUUUUUUAAUGGGGACUCCAUUUUGUUGCUUCCUGCUCACCUGGACCAGUUGUGUGACAUUGCCAAGUAAUUUAAUUAUAAGCGGACAAAAAAUUUAGGUAUGAAAAUGAAAAAACAGGACAUAUGUUUUUAGUCACUAUAAAUGAGAAAGGUGUUUCCAAGCAUUUUAUUGUUUGUAAAUUUGGAUAUAUGUUCCAUUAUCUAAUAAAUUUCAAGGCUGAUGUUUUUCAGUGGUUUAAUGAACUAUUUGCAGAAGUAAAAGGAAUGGAUGUUAUGCACGUUGGGUCCGAAUUGAAAAUAAUACCCUCAGAAAAGAAGGGGGUGGAGGAAUAAGUGAGUAUCCAGCUUCCACACUUAAGUAAUCUUGGUUUGCAAAUUUCAGCUGAAAUAUCUUCAAUAUUCUUUCACCCAAUAUAAGUGAGCACAUGUCAGUUCUUUACAUCUGUUCAUAUAUCUGUGCAGGUGGAUAUAACUGGCAGAAGCUACUUUCCAGAAAAUGUAGAGGUAGGACCAAAAAAAAAGGUCACUUUGGUUCAAUUAAUAACUACUAACUACCGUUGCUUACAAAAUAACGUCUCUAUCAAAUCCCAUCAAUAUAUACCAACCAUUCUUUCUCUUAGAUGCAAACCAUUCCAGCACACAGAAAUAUACAAACGUAUGCACAAAUAUUUCCUUCCCUUCUUCAGCAAAAAUGCUAAAAAGUAAGGGGAAUAAAAGGAAGGAAAUAG